CAUGGCGGCUCACGCGAGUGAACUGGAAAUCGCCAAGAAGAAUUUAACAGAUGCCAUUGGAGAAAACGUCAAACACUACUGGGCGAAUCUGAAGCUGUGGUUUAAGCAGAAGAUCAGUAAGGAGGAGUUUGAUUUGGAGGCGCGGCGGCUGCUGGCGCAGGACAACGUGCACGUUCACAAUGACUUCCUGCUGGCCAUCCUCACACGCUGCCAGAUCAUCGUUUCCACAUCAGAGGGUCCCGGUUCUCUGCAGUGGUCUGGUGGAUCCGCAUCGAAGCCUGGCAAACCCAGCCGAGGCAAGAAGAAGUUUCCGUCGGUCCGGCAGAAGUUUGACUGUCUGCAGGUGCACCUGAAGGACAUCCUCACAGCGCUGGUGUCCCGCAGGAAGGCGUAUCGGCUGAGGGACGGACACUUCCUGUACGCUUUCGGCAGUGACGUCACGCCGCGCCCCUACCUGAAGAACAGCCUGCCGGCGUACCACAGCGCCACCGAGUGUCCUCCAGCGAGCGCGUCUCUCCCCGCCGCCGCUCCUGCUCGUGUGUGUCCUGAUGAAGCGGAGCAGAACGCCGCGCUACUGCUGGCCUGUUCAGCUGAUACUGCUGCUCCACCACUGCAGCCCGUCAGUGUGUAUGACCUGCUGGAGGCGCUACAGGUGCAGCGGCGUGUGAUGCCGUCUCACAGUAUGUACGCUCUGAACAUGGAGAGGAUUCUGGCGCGUCUCUGGCAUCCCAGUCAUGAGGAGCUGGAGCAGGACCACAUCCACCGGCAGCACCUCGCCCUCCGGGAUGGCCUGGUCACCUGACACAGCGGAUACACACACACACACACACACACACACACACGUCAGCUUGGUCAAGGACUUUAAACACACACACACACACCUGUAAAUACUGCUCUUGCCUAUAGUGUUGUUCGCCUGUGCUGUGAGUCUGCAUCUGCAGGUCUCCUCUGAUUAUUGAUUAUUGUGUUUUGAUUAUUGGUUAUUGAUGAUGUGAGGAAGGAGGAUUUCAGCUGUCAAUAAAUUCAGACUUU